UUUUUUUAAUCUCUUUCCAUUGUUUUUUUUUUGUCACCUCCCCUCGAUCCAAAAUUGUCACAUCUUUAGAUUUUUUUCAGGAGAAAAUUUUUGUUUUCUCCCUACAAUGGCGUCGUCCGAGAAUCUGAAUGAUAAGAUCUCUGUUUUUAAGAAGCUCAAAGCGAAAUCAGACAAUAAGAUUUGUUUUGAUUGCAAUGCGAAGAACCCAACAUGGGCUUCCGUUACUUACGGGAUCUUUCUCUGCAUCGAUUGCUCAGCUGUUCAUCGUAGUCUUGGCGUCCACAUCAGCUUCAUCAGGUCUACAAAUCUAGACUCGUGGAGCCCUGAUCAGUUGAAGAUGAUGGUGUAUGGAGGAAACUGCAGGGCACAAGUCUUUUUCAAGCAGUACGGAUGGAGCCAAGGAGGUAAAACCGAGGCUAAGUAUACUUCCAGACCUGCUGAGUUGUAUAAACAGAUUCUUGCUAAAGAAGUUGCUAAAAGCAAGGCCGAGGAGGAAUUAGAUUUGCCUUCAUCUCCUCCUGUUUCUGCUCAAUCAACACAAGUGCCUAAUGGGCUCUCCAGCAUCAAGACCACUGAACCUCCUAGGGAGCAAGAUAAGCCUGAAGUUGUUCCCGUCUCACCAAGAGUUUCUCGCAGCGUUAAGAAACCUCUUGGUGCGAAGAGAACAGGCAAAACUGGAGGACUUGGUGCCCGGAAGCUAACUACCAAGUCUAGCGAGACUCUCUAUGAUCAAAAACCAGAGGAAUCUGUUGUCAUACCAACAGUGACUUCCCCAGUUUCAGCCAAAUCAGCUAGGUCAUCGUUUGCUUCUCGCUUUGAUUAUGUGGACAACGUACAAAACAGAGAAGACUACAUGAGCCCUCAAGUGGUUAGUCAUGUAGCUCCACCAAAAUCAACAGGCUUCUUCGAGGAGGAGUUGGAGAUGAACGGAGGCGGCUUUCAGAAGAAACCCAUCAGAAGUUCCUCAAAAGUG